AUUCUCUCACCAGGCCACCACCCCAAAAUAAAAGGAUACUUCUAUUAAACAACACACACCAAACAAAAACUAAUCAUUUCCUCAUUCUCCUCUUUCUUCUUCCAUCUUAUCUGACCCUUUCUUCUUAUUUUUUAGGAGAGAGAAAAAAUGGGCAACAACAUGGGAAGUGGAAGCAAUAAAGCUGCAAAAGUAAUGAAAAUCAAUGGCGAAUUCUUCAAAUUCAACACACCCGCAAAAGUUAUCGACAUAACCAAAGAUUACCCAGAUCAUAUUUUAUUAGAUUCUGAAGAAUUCCUAAGAUUUAAUCUUAGAGCUAAACCUCUUAACCCAGAAUACCAACUAAAACCCAGAAAAAUCUACCUUCUUGUUGAUCUUCCCAAAUUUCCAAAUAACAAUCUUAGGAGGGUGCAAUCUAGUGUACUCGCUAACACUGUAACAACAAGAGUAUCUCGUAGAUCUGUUUCUGAUGAUCUUACGAUCAAGACGAGAUCAACGGUUGAUAUGAGAAGUUUUGAUGAUGAUGAUGAUGAAAAUGGUGGGUCCCAUUCUCCUGUUGUGGGUCCUACAAGAGUUAAGAUGAGACUGCGUAAGACGCAAGUGGAGAAGAUUAUGGAGGAGAGUAGUGAUGAUGUUGAGGUUGCUAAGAAGAUUGUAAGGCUUUGUUUGGAACAGAGCACUGCUGGACACGUGGCGGAAGAAGAGGAGGAGAGAGAAAGAAGACAUUAUUGUUUGAGUGUUUGUGGGAUGUGUAGUCCUAGCUCAAGUUACCGCACUAAGUAUAAGAAAUUAACUUUGUAGUGGUAACUGGUAUCCCAGGUCAGUCAGUCCAGUUAUACAGAUUAACUGUUGAGAGUAAGGGGUGAUAAGGAAAUCUCUACUCCGAAAAAUAUGUUAGUGUUGUAGUGGUAACUGGUAUCGCAGGUCAGUCAGUCCAGUUAUACAGAUUAACGGUUGAGAUAAGGAAAUCUCUACUCCGAAAAAUAUGUUGUUUUAGUAUAUGCCGCCUUUUAGAAAUAUCCUUGUUAGAAUUGAAGAUUGAGUAGCAUAAAAUUUGUAGGAGUGAACUUUUUGUAUUAUCUUUUUUAAUGUUGAUCUUAUUAGAACUAGACGAGGUUAAAAAAAUGGGGGUGUUAAUCUUGGUGUGUAUGUAAAUAGUAUGGUUAAUGGUAAGAUGCGAUGAAUUAGGAGUUUAUGUGAAAACGUGGUGAUUAGCAUGGGAAAGCUAUUAUUAGUCAGCUACAUAUUAGAAAAUUAGAUGCAUGUAUGAUAAGAUUGUGUGGUGUAUAAAGCAUUAAAGCUAAUCAAGUGUGUUCUAUAUGAAGUAAAACUAUUGUACAUAGUUUGGUCAAAGUUCUUAUUGUUCAAGGAAUUACAACUUACAAGUAUAUAUUAUUAAAGAAAUUGCCAAGUA